UAGGUGUGAUUCGCUUUCAUCGGCGAAACGAGAGCCCUGCCUCAGCCUCCGCGAGCGAGUGUGCGUGCGCGCGCGUUUGAGCGUGUGAGGAGUGAGGAGAGAGGAGAGGGAGAAGAGACUAGGAGGAGUGGAGAACAGAACGGAGAGCAUACAUGCACACAGCUUUAAAUUGCCUUUCAACACAGACACACUGAAUGCCAAGCUACUAUGCAAAAGGCGAUGCUGGAUACGAAAAGGGAGAGAAAUGCCCUUACCGGUCGUUUCAGCAAUAAUAAUAAUAUAGCAAGCGCUCUUUAUAAAAGUAACUGAUACCGCACAAAAGCAGGGAAACGGAACGGGGGAGAGAGCAGCGGCGAACUAUGCACUGAGGAUGAUUUCUGCCAGAAAAACUCCGGAGAAGAGUCGCUACCACCUGCAUUAUCUGGUGUGGCAUAACAAACACCGGCAGCUGGAGAAAGAGCUUUCAGCGCGGGAGCAGGUUGAUUUAGAAGUGUUGGACCCACGGGGUCGGACUCCUUUGCACCUGGCCGUGACGCUGGGCCAUUUAGACUGCGCCCGUCUGUUAGUCCAGCAUGGAGCCGAUGUCAGCAAAGAAAACAGAAAUGGCUGGACAGUGUUGCAGGAGGCCAUCAGCACACGAAUCCCAGAGAUGGUGCGGCUGGUGCUGCGUUACCGUGACUACCAGCGCACCACUAAGCGACUGGCAGGGAUCCCGCGCCUGCUGGACAGACUCCGACAGGCGCAGGACUUUUACGUGGAGAUGAAAUGGGAGUUUACAAGUUGGGUUCCGCUCGUGUCUCGUAUUUGUCCGAGUGACACAUAUCGGGUAUGGAAGAGUGGUCAGUGUUUGCGGGUGGAUACGACGCUCAUGGGAUUUGAGCAAAUGACCUGGCAGCGAGGCAAUCGCAGCUUCAUAUUUAAGGGUCAAGACUCCAGCGCCAUGGUAAUGGAAGUGGAUCAUGACAGACAGCUGGUGUUUUGCGAGACGCUGCCGUGCCCCUCUUCCUCUCCCACCUCGCCCCCCACCAGGCCGUGCACAACCGCUUUGAGCCUUCUGGGGGCGCUGCAGCCCAGCGACGAACAGGUGGCGGCCCGUCUAUCCGCUCCCGUGGUGGCAACACAGCUAGACACCAGGAACAUCUCCUUUGAGAGGAAUAAAACGGGCAUUCUUGGCUGGCGUAGUGAGAAAACGGAGGUGGUGAAUGGGUAUGAAGCAAAGGUUUACUGUGCUUCUAACGUUGAACUGAUCACGCGAACACGUACCGACCAUCUCACCGAUCAGCACAAAACAAAACCCAAAGGCGGCAAGACUCCUCUGCAGUCCUUCCUGGGUAUCGCUGAACAGCACAUUGGGCCCAACAACGGACACACUAUGGUGACUCAGAUAUCAUGCCCUGCAACAAACCCUUUGGCCUUGACGGCAGAGGAGUACUUUAAUCCCAACAUGAGUCAGAGAGACAUCGGCCAGCCCUGUCACCUCACCACCAAAACACAAAGGUUCAAAGCCAAGCUGUGGUUGUGUGAAUCACACCCUUUAUCUCUAUCGGAGCAGGUGGCUCCUAUCAUCGACCUCAUGGCAAUCUCCAACGCACUGUUCGCCAAGCUUAGGGACUUCAUCAACUUGCGCUUGCCUCCCGGCUUCCCCGUAAAAAUAGAAAUUCCCAUCUACCACAUCCUGAAUGCUCGUAUCACCUUUGGGAACUUGAAUGGUUGUGAAGAAGGUGGUUUGCCCAGGGUGGAUGCUGAAGGGGACGGACAGAAGGACAGUCCCAGAACGGAGACGCCAUCUCCAGGCAGCGACUCUUCCAGCGUGUCCAGCUCCAGCUCCACAAACUCGUGUCGUGGAGGAGAGAUCCCACCUUGUGUGUUCGAGGCUCCGCGAGGCUACAGCAUUUUAGGAGGAAACCAGAGGGAGAACAUUAGGGAAGAGGAAGAUGAUCUGCUACAGUACGCCAUCCAGCAGAGCCUGAUAGAGGCUGGAUCAGAAUAUGACCAGGUGACGAUCUGGGAGGCUUUGACCAACAGUAAGCCAGGAACACAUUCUCUGUCCUGUGACCCCAGCCGGCACGAAAGAACCCCACAGCACAAACCCAGCCCUGUGGAGAGCCCUCGCAGCACACCAACCAAUAAGCCACCGCGCAGCUACGACGAGCAACUGCGUCUAGCCAUGGCGCUGUCCGCCCGCGAACAGGAAGAGGCGGAGCUACGUCAAAGACGAGAGGAAGAAGAACUGCAGCGUAUCAUUCAGCUGUCACUCAUGGAGAAGUGACAGGGAUAGUGGAAACCGAGGGGUGGGAGAGCAUGUCUAGCGAUCGGGAACCAAGUUCGAUUGGCCGAUCCCAAACGCCCGCCCUCUCCUUCCAAAGAACUGGAUCAAAUGGGCCGCUCUCAAAUGAGUCGUUCAGAAUCACAGAGGAAUCUCUGUCGUCACUGCAAGUUUACAAACACAAACUACUAAACUCAUGGCAAUCCACUGACUGACCAGCACCGGUCUGGUCUCCUAAUGUGUGAAUGUGGAUUUAUGACUGAGACGGUGCACGCUUGGCCUCAUUUCUGAAAGCCAUCAUCCGAGCACUUGCCCAGAGUCCUCACAGACAUAAGCUUAAGUUCCGAAAGGGAUUCUCGUCACUUUUUUUAGUUUUAAGUUAUGAACGUAGAGAACAUUAGUUUUGGCUGUUAACACACAUCAGAUUCACUGCACUUGGAUUGAGGAGCCAUGAUGUCUCCUAAUAGAAUGUGCAAGGGUGCUUACACACAAGAUUUAAUGCUACAGCUCCAUCAGUCAUGUUGGGGAUGCUGCAUUCACAAAAACAGACUUUGAGACUUUUGACUUUUUUGUCUUUGAGGACAUCAGACGGGAAGGUCUUCAAAAAAUUUAUAUUAAUGUAUUCCCGUUUGAUUUCAAACUAAAGACCUGUUCGCACUAGCGUGAAAGUUCAGCAUGAAAAUUCAUCUGUUCAGACCAAUGCAAAAAAGAUAGGUUAAAUAAUGCAGAAUCUCAGUUGGCCUUUAGGGCUGGGUACAAAUAAAUUGUGAUUUCUUGAUUUCAAUCAAUCCUCAUUUUUACAAAAUUAUAUUUAUUCUUAAAUCCUAAGAAUCGAUUAGCAUCGCCUGUUUUCUUUUAAUUAACGGAAUAUUGUAGUGCAUCUUCCAUCCAAUAAAUCGCAAUAAGCUUUGUGCUUUGUUACUUUUGAUAUGAAACAAAUUCUCAGAUUUCAAAUUCUGUUCAUUUUAUUGUAACAUACAGACAAUAAAUACCAUUUUGGCACUGUUUAAUGUUGAGUGACAGAUCGCUGUUGCACCUCAGUUCAAGGGAAGCGGCAUCUCCUCAACUUUAACCAGUUACAGCAUGAAAUAAACAUGAAUAAGCAUUCAAAGGUAUGUUAAAAGAAAGAGAAACUCACCGAAAUCUGUAUGCUGUCUCAUUUAAUCAUUCAGUGUUUCAAAAGACGUCAGUACAAUAGCUUGUGAACAAUACAUGACAACAUCACAGUUACCUCAGAAAAAAAACAAAAAACAUAUUCGGUGACCGUAAUCUUGUUAGUCAGCUAUAAAAAAUGAAAUCUAGAGAGAAGCAUUUUGCUCUGGAAGUCUAUGGCAGCCCAUAAAACCGCUUGUGGAAAAGUUAUAUAAUUUGGCACACUGAUAGAGGACAGUCUCAACAUAAAAAAAAUGCUGAGUCAAAUGGAUACCAAAAUGUAAUAAUCAUAAGUGUCAUGUUUUUUUUCUAUUUUUAAUAGUUCGAAAACCCUAUUUUUUUUUAAAUUCGUCCUAGACGCUUUGUCUGAUUUUCACCAAAAUUGGCCCAGAUUAUCUUUCAAGUUGAUUAGUCAAACUAUUUUCGAAUAACGUGUAAUGAAUUCGACAAAGAACACGCAAAAAUGGAUGUGAGACAAUAUUACUGCAAGGGUUCAACUUAUUAAGACCAAACUUUGUGUGUGUUAUAACAACCAUGUUCUGAGGCUACCUGCACAGUUUUGGCACAGCACCACCUAGUGGUCAGGACAUAUGAAAAAUGCUUAUUUUUGCUUAUAGCUUCUGAAUGGUUUGGCCAAAAAUUACUGACUAGACUUUUUAGAUUCAGUGCAGAUUCCUAGUCGAACCAUACCCGAUUUUCCCAUGUCCGCCAUUUUGGGUAAAGGACAUAAAACGUUAUAUUUUAGGAAUGCAUUCGACACGACAAGUUUAAAAAAAACUUUAAAUAACAUUUGAUUAAACUGGUCUGUUGUAAUGAGACUGGUCUCGAUAGAUUCCUUUGAUCAUGUAGAGAACAUUGAUACCAAUUAUGCCCAAAUUUGCUGAACUUCUUGUCCGCCAAAACUACUUUUUUGAACUCCACUUAGACCGUUGUCUGAUUUUCACCAAAUUUGACUCGGAACAUCUUCAAACCAUGCUGGCAAAAAGUUAUGGAUUUUGUGUUGAUCAGUGCAUCAACAAAUUGGCUGGUAUAAUGCUAAACUGUGUCUGAGGCUGUAUUUCUCCAAAGCUUUGACAUAUUGACACCAAACUUUGCGUGUUCCAUUAACAGUGCUACCUAUUGGUCAAAAGUAAUAAACCAUUCAUUAACUAUUAAUAAUGCUAAUAAUUUUUGAUUCCUAAUAAUUUUUGAUUGCAUUAGCCUAUUGUAACGAAACUCAAUAUGGUCUUAAUAUGUAAUGGUCUCAAAAUAUUCCUUAGGUCAUGCCAAGAACGUAGAUACCAAUUUUGCCAUAGUCGGUUGAACUUUCUGUCCACAAUUUUGAUUUGUUGAAAACCUACUUCUUUUUUUUUUAACUCUUCCUACACUAUUCGUCCAGUUUUCACAAAAAUCGAGUCAGAUCAUCUUCACACUGUGCUGACAAAAAAGUUUGGAUUUCGUGUUGAUAGACAAAACUGCUUUUGUACAUCAUCGCAACAAAUUUCUGUCAUGAUGCCAGAUUACGUCUGAGGCUGUAUCUCUGCAAAGCUUUGAGGUAUUGACAUUGAAACUUUGUGUGCCAUUGUCACCCGCAGAACACGCCACAUCGAUUUGAUAAAAAGUGAUAACCCUUUAAAUAAUGUUACUACCUCCGGCUCUCUCUAUUGAAACCAACACGGAAGUGACUUAAACUGCAAUUCAUCGACUGGCCGCUAGAGACUCCCCAUGUUAAAAUGAACUUUACAGCAGAAAAAAAAAAUGUUUACAGCCUGGUACAAAAAGUGGUUUUGGUCUAUAUAGCUAAUUUUGCCCUUCAUGUCAACUGUGAGGGGGGUGAAUUUUUUUUCUCAUCCGUUUAAAUUAUAUUAAGCCAUAAAGUUCUGCAUAAUUUAGGGCGUGGUCACCUGAGUGACACCACCGCCACGCUAUAUGGGCGUGGUUUCAGCAACCAGCUCCAUCCACGUCCCGCCUCUUUGCCCAUUUUCGAUUAUCCGGGAGUGACGUGCAGUGACGUGAUUCCAAGAUAGCGACGGCUGACUCCCGCCCACUAAGAGCUUCAAAAAUGCUCUUCAGAAACCUACUGGUGACGUCACAGACACUACGUCCAUAUUUUUUACAGUCUUUGGUUACUACAGGUUUUAUUUAUGAUUUUUUAGUCC